UCCUUAGCUCGAAAAAAAAAGAUAUAUUCGCAUUGGAAAAGGUAUAGAGAAGGGUGUUAGGCCCAAGAAAAUAGAGUAUAGAACAGGUUGUUUGGCCAGCUUAGCCAAAGUUAGGCUAACAGUAGUUGCUGGGCCAUUCCUGUCUCUCUGUGAUACCUGAGGACAUGCUUGCUUGAGCUGCAGAGAACGAGAUAGGAGGGGAGGGGUGCAUUCUUGUACCAGAUGUGCUAGGAACAGUUUGUUUGGACAUAUGGAGUCUUGCAGUCUCCACUCCCUGUUUCUGUUCUUAACUCCCUCCUUUCUCCUAGUUUCUGGUGCAUAACAACAAAGCUGAUAAGUUGCUGAGGCAUCACGAAUUGUUUGUAGCGUCAAAGAAGAUAGAUAUGCAUGAAUAUUAGAAGCUUUCUAACUAAUAAAGGGGGGUUGGGUUGUUUUAACUAUGACGCGACGGAACUGUCUAUAUAACCCUACUAGUUGUUAAAACCGUGGCUGUUUCUCUCUGGAGAUGGGCCACUCUCUAUUGUUGUGUGCACUCCUCAAUAAAGAGCUUGUCACUGGACCUUGCUGGUGUUGCCUGUCUCUCUCUCUGCAGUCAGACAACGAACCUUACCGUCUGGGCUCUGAGUCCCCGACAAGCAGGUUCAUAUUAACUCAGUAGCCUAGCUUAUAUGAUGCUUUGUUUUCCUGUCUAGCAUUUGAGAGUAUAUAGUUGCUGGUCUUUGAUCUCAAAGGGUUUUAGAAUAAAUCAGUUUUGUCUUGUCAUCCUUAUGAUGGGGUCAGUCAGCUGGCUUUCUCCAGUCAGCAUUUACAAUCAUGUUAUAUUGGGUUUGUUGUAAGUUGUCUAACCAGUUUUUGAAAAGCACAAUGUGAGAAAUUUUACUUCCUUCUUCCUUGGGAGUGUUUGCUAACAUACCUGAAAUACUUUUUCAAUGCUAUCUAUUGUUUGCCUUGACAACAAAAGAUUCUAGUUUUUCUAGUUCUUUCACUUAAGGGAAACUGCUGGUAAGAGCACCAUCCAAAAUAAAACUGUUUCUGAACAUCUUAGUACGUGAAGUGUUUGCUCAGAGAAAAAUAACCAUGUUAAAAUGCAGCUUACUUUUGUUUGGUUUUGGACUAAUAUUUAUUGGAAAGCCAGUUCGUCCAGCAGGUGCAUCCUCUCAUCAGACAUCUAGACUUACAACAUUUGAAAUAAUUACCCCUCGAAGUUUGACAGGCAGGGAGAGACGCCACACACAUUUACAUGAGGACCAUUCAGAUGAUAAUCGCUCUUAUUCGAUUCAAACUGCAAAUGGAACAUACAUCCUAAAGCUAAAGAAAAAUAAAAAGCUUGUUAGUGAAGAUUUUGUACUAUAUACAUACAGCAAAAAUGGGAAAUUGGAGGCUACCCAUUCAAAAACCAAGACACACUGUUAUUAUCGUGGAGUUGUUGAAGGAGUUGCUGAUUCUAUGCUUGCUCUUAGUACAUGUGAUGGCCUUAGGGGAAUCCUUCACAUUGGUGGCAAACGGUAUGGAAUGGAGCCAGUUGACACAUCAGCUACAUUUGAGCACCUAUUUUAUCCAUUAGAACACGUUCAGCAAGAUCCUUUUCUGUGUGGUGUGCUGAAUGAUAACCUACACCAGGAGAAGAGUGUGAAGAAUUCUCUCAGAUAUACAAAUGUUUCACACAGUACUUUCAGCAGGGAAAAGCUUUUUAGGAAAAAACGAGCUGUGCUGCCACAGACAAGCUAUGUGGAGCUAUUUAUGGUUGUUGAUAACAACAGGUAUUUGCAGAAGAAUUCUGAUCCUGUAGCUGUGCAAAAGGAAACAAUUGAGCUGACUAAUUAUGUUGAUGGGAUGUAUGGUGCGUUGAACAUCCAGAUUGUUUUGAUUGGGCUAGAAAUCUGGUCAGAUAAAAAUCACAUAAAUGUAAUGGAUGGUUCAGCUGGAGAUGUACUAAGUAGAUUUGUUUCUUGGAGAGAAAAAAAUCUUCUUAAGCGAUCAAGAAAUGAUGUUAGCCACCUCAUAAUAGGGAGAAGUGCCUAUAGUGGGGCAGUUGGAAUGGCUUUUGUAAGUACAGUCUGUUCUCAAGUCCAUGGAGGGUCCAUCAGCACUCUUAAUGGUAACAAUGUGCUACAUCAUGCCACAGUAGUUGCACAUGAGCUGGGGCAUAAUCUUGGUAUGAAACAUGAUGAUGGAAGGUGCUCCAAAUCCUACAUUAUGUACAGUACGGAUAAUGCAUCCAAGAAUUUCAGCACCUGUAGUGCCAAUGAUUUUGAGACUCUCAUUUUGAAUGGUGGAGGAAACUGUCUUAAAAAUGCUCCAAAACCAAGUGAUAUUUUCACAGAACCUGUCUGUGGCAAUAAUGUGGUGGAUAAGAAUGAAGAAUGCGAUUGUGGCAAACCCCAGGAGUGUACUAAUCCUUGCUGUGAUGCUGCAACCUGCAAACUUAAGUCUGGAUCACAGUGUGCUAUGGGGCUGUGCUGUGAAAAUUGCAAGUUUAAAGUGGCAGGAGUGGAAUGUAGACCAAAAAUGAAUUUCUGUGACCUACCUGAAUACUGCAAUGGGACAUACCCAUACUGCCCAGAUGAUGUAUAUAUCAUGAAUGGCUACCCAUGUAACAAUAUGAAAGAAUACUGCUAUAGUGGGGUUUGCCAGAAUUUUGAUUCACAGUGUGAAUCCAUCUACGGAAAAGGAGCAAGAAAAGCACCUGAUACUUGUUUUGAAGUAGCCAACAUGAAGGGAGAUAGAUUUGGAAACUGUGGAAUGUCAGGGGGAAUGUACAAUAAAUGUCCCACUGAACAUAGUCUGUGUGGCAAACUUCAGUGUACACCUGUCAGUCUUGAAAAUCUUCCUGCUUCUAGUGUUGUCAGCAAUCAAGGUGGUGUUUCAUGUGUGACUUCUGACUUUGACCUAGGGUCAGAUAUCCCUGAUCCUGCUCAAGUUCAAAAGGGAACUGCUUGUGGAAAAGGAAAGGCCUGUGUAGACUUUAAAUGUGUUAAUGCAAGUGAGCUUGGUUACAACUGCGAUGUAAUGCAGAAGUGUAAUGAUCGUGCUGUGUGUAACAACAACGGGAAUUGUCACUGCAAUCCUGGAUGGGCUCCUCCUUUCUGUGAUAAAUCGGGUUAUGGUGGCAGUAUUGACAGUGGUCCAACUCAUAUAGAUACAUCACUUAGAGAUGGCUUGCUUGUGUUUUUCCUGCUUGUGCUUCCAGUGUUAAUUGCAAUUGUGAUAGCAGUUAUCAAGAGAGAUGCAAUAAAGAGAAGGUUUUGCCGGAAAAGUAGAAGAAGAUACAGGGACAACAAUACACAGCAACCAAAGCAAAAUAAUGGGCCAAACCAGAAUAACGCUAUAAAUAAUCGGCCUGCAACAACAAAUUCUGGGAUUUUUACAAUAUCGCAUUUUCCUGCUCCAAGGCAGCCAAUACAAAAUCAGUUUCCUGCAGCUCCUUCAAGAUCUAAUCAACGACCACCUGUCCCACCUAGACCUGUUGUCUGAAAGCCAUUUUUAGGAGUCCUCACAAAUUCAGACAAAUGCCUUGAGUAAACUGGAAAAAAAUGUGGCAAAGGUAAAUUAAUGAAGUAUUUUAGAAUUGUAAAUUUAUUCUUUGUUAUAUGAAAGUCUCAAUCUUGCAGUCCUAAGAGUCAGCACUACCUUUGAAACAUAAUAGACUGUUUCAUCGGAAAAGGCAUGAUCCUGAGGGGUGAUGAACACCUACCAUUCAGUUUCAGUGGAAGUUACAGGUGCUUAGCUCCUCCCAGGCCUUUUUUAUCAGAAGGCAUAAGAGCCCAACUCUUGUUAGCCUACAACCUACAAUAUGUACAAAUAAUCAUUUCUUCCACAACCUCAACUUCUUUGAAGCACAGCACAAAACUAGCAGCCAGGGAGAGGGGAGUUUAAGAUGGAUUUAACUCACCUUCCUAAUCCUAGGCUUCUCUGAGGCUCUUGUGUAACUCAGGCAGCUUUGGAGGCUUGUCUAAGUUAUGACAACCUCACUGGGCUGUCUGGCGGGAAGCAGCACUGCCUGGCAUCUCUGCAGGACCACUGUGCUGGAGCCCUACCUCAUCACUCUCUUAUGCUAGGGUGUGUGAAGAGAUCCUUGGGAGGCAGCAUUACGGCUGUCUUCUGAAUGCCUCCAGAACCAAGGCUUCUGGGCUCUUUUAUGCCACUUCAGCUCUUAUACACAAUGUAUUGGGGCUGGAGCAGAGGUGAUAACUUAUUAGCAAUAUUACAUUUAAAUUCAACUAUUACAAAUAAACAAAAGAAUUCUGAUGAAGAUAAUAUAAUGAAGGAAUCUCUUUAAAAAUAAAUUUGGGUAUAAAUAAAUGAAUGUAGCCUCAGCAAUAAUUUUUACUUUAUUAUACAUAGCCUUGUGUACUACCUUAUUUACAAUACAUAUCAGGAAAAAGACUAGCUGCUUAACUACAUAUUAAAUGUUUACUGGGAUUACAAUAUGAGAUUUCUAGGAAUACUUUCAGCUCUGAAAUGAACAGAUUAUAGUCUUGUAAUUCUAAAUGUGAUACUAUCAGCAAGGAGUAUUCAUUGAAAAGAAAAUAACUAAAAUUUCAGAGUUUGGCAAAAUGGACAACUAAUAGAAUGAGGGCAUGGAGAAUCGAUUACAUAUAUCCAGGGUGAACACACAGUUGAAAAAGAGAAAAUGUUUAAGGUGAUUCAAAGUGAUAGGAAUGAUAAAAUAAAAUUAACCAAAGGACACUUCAGGCUGAAUGUCAGGAAGAUUUCCCAGUUGUGGGCCAUAUCCCUCCCUCCUGAGUCUGUGCGAGACACCUAAAGUGAAGGAAAGCUCGGUAAAAACUGAGUUUGUUCUGUUCUUCUUAGAGGAAUUUCCAAUAAGGCUGGUGGGGAAACAAUGUACAUUUCUCUGAUCCCUUCCCCCUCCCAACAUGGGUCUCACUGCUACCUGAUCUGCUUUCUGUGCUCACUCACCCCUCCCUAGGGAAGGGAGCACUAUAGCAAAGACACUCUUUCACAUAGAAUGGUGAGAUCUAUGAUUGGUGGGCCAGCUUCAUGUGUGAAUCUUGGGGGCAUAAACUAGCAUCCUAAGAUCUAUUAAAUUAUGGGAGAAUAGUCUCCCAAAGGAACAGUAGAAACCCCUACAUUGCCAUUUUACAAUUGAACCAGACAAUGAAACAGAAAAUAUACUGUAGAAGAACAAAACUCAGCACUGACAAGGAGAUGGAUUAGAUGACCUAAUAAAUCUCUUCCAUUUGUAAUUUCUCAGUCUGUGGAAGGCAAGUAUUAUUUUUAGUUAUACACCUCUAUCCUGAUAUAACGCGGUCGUGGGGAGCCAAAAAUCCCUAGCGCAUUAUAGGUGAAACGCCAUUAUAUCGGGGUAGGGGUGGCAGGGCU